UGCGGUGGUUGCUAGGCGACGCUGCAGCGGGAACGGCGUGCGGGUGACGCGCGGGAUUCCCUCUGUCUCCCCAGGCCCUGCCGUCUGCACGGUGCUGCUAAGGGCCUCAGCACGGCCGCGGUCCUCAGACCCGCUUGCCCCGGCCUCCUCCUGCCUUCCUCCCCGACUGGCUCUCUGUGCUCUGACACGCUUCUCUCAGGGGCAGCCUCUGGUUGUGCUGCGGGCUGAGCUCUGUCAGCGAGCUGCUGGCAUAACCGCACCGUGGAUUGUUUUCCUCCCCAGGCCUUGACAAGAUUCCUCACAGAACAAAUCCCGUAAUUUAGCUCAGCCUGUGCUGAAGGCUCACGUGCCCCGACAUUUUUCAGCAGGAUUAGUUUUUAAUCCUGUUUAGCCCCUUACAGGUGAUUGUUUUAACAACUUGGGCAGCACGUAGGCUGACUUCUGUCAGUUCCUCAGUCAGAAAUCAGUUUCUCCUUUGGGGCAGCGGUGUUAAGCAUAAACACGAACACACGGCACGCAAAGCGUUCUCACUGUAGUGAGCCUUGAUGCUAAUCAUCCUCACGCCACAAUUCCAGGCUUCCCGUGGUUUGAUCGACCGACCCUCUGGCAGCUCCUGAAGUAUCGGAAGCAGCGGUGUCAGGGCUCAAAAGUGCUAGGGCUCCCAUCUGCCAUCAGAUGACUUUCUGCCUGACUGAGCUGCACCUGUGGUCUUUGAAGACUACCUUACGUAUUAGUGAUGAAGACAUUGGGGUACAUCAGUACUACGACAAGAAAGAGCCAGGAUCACAAAUGAAGCAUGGUUAUUUAGAAGACAAGCAAAAGCUAGCAGAAUCUCGAGAUUACCCUUGGAUACUGACGAACAAACGACCGGAAAAACUGCGAGAUACACUCAAGGAGGUUGAGGACUUAAUGCAAAACAGUCGAUGUGUGCUGAGCAAAUGGAAGAACAAACGUAUCUGCCAGCUCCUCUUUCAUUCAGGUAUAUUGGUCUCCCUAAGCCUUUCUGGGCCACAGCUGGAGAAAGUGAUGAUUGACAGGACCCUGGUGGGGAAGCUCAUCUCCGACACCAUCAGCGAUGGUAUUCUUUCAGACAAUUUCAUCAUCUUGUCAUUUGAAGACUAUAACCAGCUCUGUUUCAUUCACUUUACAAAGAAGAUGGAUUCUCCCGAUGUAAACAGAAGAAGACAUGAGAAACUCUCUUGUUUGGAUUUUAAGAUUUCUUACAUUGAUAUACCUGGACUAGAAGGUAGGAGGAUGAAACGUCACCUGGCAAUAAACUGUAUGCAAGAUAUGGCCAUUUGCUGGUGGUCAGCAGCUAGUGAUGGAGCAUGGCCUUGGUCUCCUAUUUCCUCUGAAAGGGACAGAGCCAACCUAUUGCUGUUAGGCUGUGCACAUGGCAAACUGGAGGUUCUGAGUUACGUUCGUACAGAAUGGGAUCCACUUGAUGCUAGCUUUAGCACUAAGGAGCCUUACCAGGUUCACACAGUUGAGCACUCCAUCUCUGCAGAUAAAGAACCCAUGGCUGACAGCUGCAUCUACAACUGUGUUAGAAACAAAAUUCGGUGUGCAGCAGUCACUAGAAUACCACUACAAUCAAGGGCAAUCAGCUGUUGCAGAAAUAUUACAGAAGACAAACUAGUCCUGGGCUGCGAAGAUUCAUCAAUUAUCCUGUAUGAUGCCUACAACCAAGUGACUCUGUUAGCCCAAGCAAAACUAUUGCCUGCAUUAAUAACCUACCACCCUUCUGGGGCCAUAUUCCUGGUUGGCAGCUCUCAAGGGGAGCUCCAGAUUUUUGACACAGCACUAUCCCCAGUUAAAAUUCAGCUCUUAGCAGACAACUAUUCACCUGAGGCAACUCUGCAAUUCAGCAAACACUUUGACUUGUCUAGCAGCCUCAUCCAGAUUCAGUGGGCUGCUGCUCAAGCCGCAUCUCCCAGCGCUGAUGGCAUAGGUGUCCAUGAUCUUUUGUUCCUUAGGUUUGACAAAGGACCCUUAGGAGUACUUCGCUUUAAACUUGGUGUGAUAACAAGAGGGCAGCUGGGCCUUGUGGAAAUCAUCCACCAAUACAUUCGUUAUGAUGAGAUACAUGAGGCAAUUAACGUCCUGAACACCAUGAACUGGAACACGAUGGGCCAUCAGUGUUACAUCUGCUUGAGUGCCAUUGUCAAUCACCUACUUAAACAAAAGCUUACACCGGACAGAGAAGCACAGCUUGAGGCAAGCCUUGGAACCUUUUAUGCUCCAACAAGACCCCUCUUGGAUACAACUGUGCUGGAGUACAGGGACCCCAUCAGCAGAUAUGCAAGAAGGUUCUUCCACCACCUGCUCAGGUAUCAGAGAUUUGAAAAAGCAUUUCUACUAGCUGUUGACAUAGGAGCUCGGGACCUCUUUAUGGACAUCCAUUACGUUGCUCUAGAUAAGGGUGAAUUGGCACUAGCUGAAGUGGCAAAGAAAAAGGCUAAUGACAUUGACGCAGAAUCAAUAACUACUGGAAUUGAGCUCCUGGGGCAUGCAGAUGAAGGGGACACAUCGUACGAGGCCUUUGGUGGUCAGGUCCCAGAGCACCAAACUGAGCAUGACAUGCCCACAGCCAGCCCGGCCGUGCUGGCCUCUUCCCACAGGCCCACUUGCUGUGGACUGGUGAAGUCCAGUGAUGGGGAGCCUGGAGCAGGUGUCACCUCCCUGAUGGAGAAACCCUCUUCUGGGCACCAGGAAGGAAAUUUGAGAGCAGUUCCUACAGAACAGGUCCUGAGUCCUGCACCCUCCUGCUCCCCAUCCCUUCACCACCACAGCCCGUGCAUUGCCUCAGAGGGAGCCCUCACCGUGCCAGCCUCAGUGCCACUGAGGGGAGCACGCCUAAGGCCCAGCCCUUGCACAGUCAGUACUGCGGGACGAUCUCUGUGACUGUGAAGGAGAGGAUCUGUUGUGUGCACCUCUGCAGUGGUGAAAUGCUGAAGUGACCCAGCACAAGAAGCCUGGAGUCUCCAGUGGGAAAUGCACCGAUGUGGGCCCAAUGCUCCUCGCCUGCCAUGCUCUCAGCUAUGAGAAGGCAGCCUUGGGGACGGAAGCUAAGCUGCCCGGUGCUCGGGCAGUCAGAUGAGAUUGAUUUCCUUGAGAAUAACCAUGGCCCUCCAGCACACAGCUCAGAGGCGUGAUCAUGCUGGGGCAGGGGCACACAUGAGGUGAUGGGUGAGGGUGGUCCCAGCUUGCAGUUUGUGUUUGGUCCCAUCUCCUUGCUCUGAGCACAGAGCUGGGCUAGGUGAUCCCAGAGGUCCCUCCCUGCAUGCGUUACUCCACAUGCUGAGCAUCUUGAGCAAGCUAUUUAGGUCAGAGCCUCUGUGGAGCAGCACCCAGCCUCAGAGGAGUCAGACCAAGCCGCCCAGCACCCUGCUUACCAGCCUCAGUAUCUCUGGAAAACAUGGAUCUCAACUGCUUCGUUGCUUCCAUGUUGGAGGUGAAUCUUGCUUAUUUACAGGAACUUGAGGUGCUGAAGGCAACGUGCCUGGUGACUGUAAAGAUUAUUGUAAUAUACCAUCACUCAGCUGAAUCCCCGUCAGCCAGAAAGGUUUUGCACAAUGCUAUCUGAGGGAGGCAUUUCCAGUCAAAAGGAGCACUGCCUAUGGGGCCAAAUGGGAACCAUGUUUUGGUCUGGGGUCAGGCAACCUCAGCCUGCACAGACCCUGGGUCUGUGGUGGUAUCCCAUCCAACUCUCCUCCUUCCCUAUUUCCACUGGCCUUCAGGAAACUCCUGGCAGAACAAGUGGAGGCCCUGGGGAGCAGGCUGCCAACCUCCUGAUGAGGUUUCUCCUGUUUUCUGCUAAUACAGCAAGAAAAUAAAGGGAGUAGGCCUGAGGAGGCUGAGCGGUGGGACCAUCCCAUUGACACACAGAGCUCCAUGAACUGAGCUCAAGGGCACAGGGGCAUGCUCUUCUGUUCAUGCUUCUCUUCCCUGGUGAGGAGCUGCUCACGGUGACUGCUGCGAUAUCAGCUCCCCGUUCAUAGAAUCACUACGGUUGGAAAAGACUUCUAAGAUCAGCAAGUCCAACCCCAACCCGUCCCUGCCAUGCCCGCUGACCAUGUCCCUCAGCAUUGCAUCUCCAUGUUCCUCGAACACCUCCAGGGACAUCAGCCCCACCGCUGCCUGGGCAUCCCUCUUCCUGUGCUACAAAAUCCCACUCUCAUCAGAUGAGGAUGGCUCCUUUUAUUGCUGGGUGCUGCUUUGGGAAAGGUGCACAUGUCAGAAGGGAGCUCCAGCCGUGAUCGCUCCUCAUCCUUUGGUUUGCAUCAAACACCCCUUUGGGCUCAACGCCACAUCACAGCCUUCCCACCCGCACCACCAGCUCUGCCUUGCUGAGGCCAGAUAGGUUUGCAAAUAAGUUUUUUAAAAGAGUGUAUGCAAAAGACACACAAGCUGGUAGGUCCACAGUGCUCAGCUGGUGGGAGUUGAAUGCUUCUCUUCAGACAGAGCACAAGUCAUAAAACCUGGGGCAUGCAGGCCCCUGAGCCUGGAGAAGUGAGGACCUACCCAGCAGCCUCAGAUCCCAAACAAGAGUGGCUUUGCUCCACACUGGGAGGCUGCUUCCACCCUGUGGGCAGAGCCAAAUGCUUUGGGAUGGGGUAGGCAGACAUUUCCCUGGGUGUUCAGCUCCACACCUGGUUCUGCUUGCAUCAUGGGGAGCCAGCAGCUCUGUGUAACUCAAAAGAAAGCAAUGACUCACUGGGCUGCAGCUCUUUCCAAGUAUUUCAUGCAUUUCGCAGGCACGCUAGCCCGUGUUAUGAAAUGCCCUCUCUUUGCGGUGCGCAUUGUCAUGUCCUGUACAAAAACAGAGGGCUCAGUUUUCCAUUGUGCACUGGCACAGCGCAGAAAGAGGAGGUAACAUGCACAUAUUCUGUCUCCAAUGCUAUUUGCAUCGUAUUAGGAAUGCAAAAUGCCAUCCCCACACCACUCUGACAACCUGGCUGGCUCCCCGCUGACGUUAGCUCGGCCAUGAGGUGCUGGCGGAAUGUUUUAAUGAAAAUGUUAACAAAAAUAUAAAGUUCCACCCUCCAGCCAGGACUGGAGGGGUGGGAGAGGGGAGCAGGUGAGGAGCCAUGACCUGCACCAUGCUGCCAGGUCAGGGCUGUCCCCUGUCCCUGGGCGGGUGGCAGUGGGAGCACCAGGGCGAGGUCCCCAUCCACGCUGUCCUGAUU